UCUCUCUCUCUCUCUCUUCGUCCUAGUGGACUCGAGGGUAAGCCAACCAAACCGCCGCCGCCGCCGCCGCCGAGGACGACGACGACCUGCCGCCGCAGUGCCGCGCCAACCAGGUUAGGAGGGGGGAGCCAUGGAGCACGGGUCGGUGACGGACUCGACCUCCUCGACGUUCUCCAUCAUGGAGGAGGAUCACACCCUGGCCAACUCCGUCAGAUUUGUGCUCAAUCAGGACCCAAGGGUAGCAUUCUGUGGGUAUAGCAUCCCUCAUCCUGCUGACAACAAAAUCAAUAUAAGAGUUCAGACUACAGGGGAUCCAGCAAAGGAUGUUCUGAAGGAUUCUUUGCAGGAUUUGAUGGUGAUGUGCCAGCAUGUAAGGGGGACGUUUGACACUGCAGUGACUGAUUUUCGGCAGAACAAUCCUACAGGCAUGGACAUCGAUGUCAACAAAAAAGUAGCUUAGCUUCUGGGUGGUCUUUUCAGUGAAUGGCAGCAAUUGCCCAGACAUUCUCUUUGUAACCGAGUUAUUAUCUGCCCUAGCCGCCUAGUUGAUAAGAAUGACCCCUUAAAUCCGUUGUAAGAAAUGUUAUUAACACAAGGAUACUUGCAUUCUUACUUUAGUUUUCAUGGUGAAUGGAAAUAUCCAGCAUUUAUCCUA